AUGAAGUCAGAAUCGAAAGAAAAUUUAGUAAAUUCCCAAAGUCCAUCUGAAAAUAAUUUGAAUCAAAUGACAAUUGAGGAAGGAAGUGCAAAAACUGAAGAUGAUGAUGAUCUUAAUGCCAUAAAUGACAUUGUGCUGACAAAUGUCGAGAAAAAAUUUCUUUUGAGUGCUGAACGUGGUGACUGCGCGACAGUCCGAAAAUUGAUUGCAGAGAAUAAAGAUCGUCCGGAGGAGCUGAAUAUUGAUUGUGUAGAUCCACUUCAAAGAUCAGCACUGAUUGCAGCAAUUGAGAAUGAAAAUAUUGAAUUGAUUACUUUAUUAUUGGAAGCUGGCAUUCAAGUUAAGGAUGCACUGCUGCAUGCUAUAAAGGAAGAGUAUAUUGAAGCUGUUGAUACAUUGCUGCAAUGGGAAGAAGAAAAUCAUAAUGCAGGCGAUCCUUACAGUUGGGAAUCCGUUGAUAGAAGUAGUUCAAGUUUUACUCAAGACAUUACACCUUUAAUUCUUGCUGCCCAUAAAAAUAAUUACGAAAUUCUCAAGAUUUUAUUGGACAGAGGAGCUAGCCUUCCUAUGCCGCAUGAUGUUCGGUGUGGAUGCGACGAGUGUGUAUUGUCCAGCGAAACAGAUUCAUUACGACACUCUCAGUCACGCAUAAAUGCUUACAAAGCCUUAUCAGCAAGCUCUCUGAUUGCAUUGAGUUCACGGGAUCCAAUAUUAACUGCAUUUGAACUAAGCUGGGAAUUGAGACGAUUAAGUCGUAUGGAAACGGAGUUUCGUUUUGAGUAUAAUAACAUGCGGAAGAAUGUCCAAGAAUUUUCAACAUCAUUAUUAGAUCAUGCAAGAACAAGUAAUGAGCUAGAAAUUAUGCUCAAUUAUAAUCCGACUGGAGAGAAUUGGGAACCUGGCGAGAGACAAACUUUGGAUCGUUUAAAACUAGCUAUCAAGUAUAAGCAGAAGAAGUUUGUAGCUCAUCCAAAUGUCCAACAGUUGCUUGCAAAAAUUUGGUACGAAGGACUUCCAGGAUUUAGACGGAAAGGAAUGGUUGGGCAACUAUUGCAAGUAAUAAAACUCGCGUCUUGCUUCCCGCUAUACUGUACGAUUUAUAUGCUUGCACCAAACUCGGAAAUUGGAAAAUUUAUGAAAAAACCUUUUGUUAAGUUCAUCACUCAUUCGGCCAGUUACGUCUGCUUCUUAACUCUUCUCGGUGCUGCAUCCCAACGUGUUGAAUUUCUGCUUCUUGAAUGGUUUGGAAACUCGUGGAUACAUUCACUGCUUGAUGAAUGGAAGAGACAUGAACGCGGAGCAUUACCGGGAAUAGCUGAGAGCGCAUGUAUGGUCUACAUAGUUAGCUUAAUAUGGGGAGAAAUUCGCUCGCUUUAUUCGGAAGGACUGAUGGACUACAUCUCGGAUUUAUGGAAUAUUGUUGACUUUAUAUCCAAUUCAUUUUAUGUUGCUUGGAUAAGUCUCCGCUUAACGUCAUGGUAUACUGUUCAUCGCGACGCUAAUGCAGGACUAAAUCCAUGGUAUCCACGAGAAGAAUGGUCUCCAUAUGAUCCAAUGCUUUUAUCCGAGGGCGCUUUUGCAGCUGGCAUGAUUUUCUCAUUCUUAAAACUUGUUCAUAUAUUCUCAAUUAAUCCUCAUCUCGGACCACUUCAAGUCAGUUUAGGACGAAUGAUAAUUGAUAUUAUAAAGUUCUUCUUUAUUUACACAUUAGUGCUAUUUGCAUUUGGUUGCGGAUUAAAUCAACUCAUGUGGUAUUAUGCUGAUUUAGAGAAAAAUAAAUGUUAUCAUUUACCCAGUGGACUUCCUGAUUUUGAUAAUAACGAGAAGGCGUGUGGUAUAUGGAGGCGAUUUGCAAAUCUUUUUGAGACAUCUCAAUCACUGUUUUGGGCUUCUUUUGGUUUAGUCGAUCUGAUGGCAUUUGAUUUGACUGGAAUUAAAAGUUUUACAAGAUUUUGGGCGUUGCUUAUGUUUGGAAGCUACAGUGUCAUCAACAUCAUCGUACUCCUAAAUAUGCUUAUUGCCAUGAUGUCCAACUCCUACCAAAUAAUAUCUGAAAGAAGUGAUUCUGAAUGGAAGUUUGCACGCUCCAAAUUAUGGAUAAGUUAUUUCGAUGAUGGAACCACACUUCCAGCACCAUUCAAUCUAUUUCCAACAGUAAAAUUAUUCAAGUGUGGCAGGGGAAAGUUUUCAUCGACAAGUACAAUCAAACGUUCUCGUGAUAAAGCUCGCCUACGUCACGAUAAUGUCAUGAAAUUAUUAGUGCGUCGCUAUGUAUGUGAUGAACAAAGGAAGCGCGAUGAUUUUGGUAUUACCGAAGAUGAUGUAAUGGAGAUUCGACAGGAUAUUAGUACAUUGAGAUAUGAGUUGAUUGACAUAUUUAAACAAAAUGGAAUGAAGACACCAAGAGUUUCUAAGGAUGAUAGUCAAGUUUCGGGCAAGAAAGGAAAAAUCAUGGAGAGAAGAAUCUUAAAAGACUUUCAGAUUGGAAUCGUUGAAGGAAUUCUUAAUGCAUCUUUACAAAAUGCUAAGGAGCCCAAGGAUGUUUUCAGUACAAUCGCUAAAGUUAUUGGGAGACGAACAAGUUCCAAAAACAAACAAGAAGAUUGGAAUGCAAUUGUACGUAAAAAUACUGUUAUCAGAAAUCCAAUCGGUUCAAAAUCGGAAGCAUUAUCUCGUCAACAAUCACGUCAGAGUUUGCGAAGGCAUAUUAUGAAUGCACAGACUGAAGGAUUGAUGAUGGAUACAGAUAAUUUGCUUCAAUAUAAUCCAAAACUGGCUGAUGUUAGCCAUACAACACGAAUUGCAUAUGCUAAGUUUAUGACAGCGAAAAUCAAGAAGGAAAUCAAGUUUGAAGAUGAACAAACUGAAGGUGAAAAGGUCAGGAUUGAAAACGAAUUGGAAAGAACAAGAGGUGCUAGAGCUCUCAACAGAUUCAAAGCAAAUGCUGGAAUUUUAAAGAAAUCAGUUGCUCCAAAGAAUCCAGAAGUUAUUUUACAAAAUGGAGAUUUAACAGUCGUUGAAGUCGAAAAAUCAUCAACAGUAUCUCCUGUGACAUCAGUCGAACGAGAUUUUCGUGCUAGAACUCCAAUUGAAGAAGAAAAUGAGACGCCAUCUGACUUACCAUCUUCUCCCAGGAGUAGUCUGGAUGUUCCAGACUCAAAAAUACUUUCUCCAAAAAAUACAUCACCUUUGUCUUCAUCAUCAUCUCCAGCUAAAUCUCCUAAAAUUAGUUUUGAUUCAGAAGAAUCGCCACAGAAAGAACAGUCGGCAGCUUCAACAUCCAGAUCAAAUUCUCCAUCAUGUGCCAAUAUACCUGAAAUCAUAAUUCCAGAACCAUCAGAAUCAAAUGUGUCAAAAGAACGUAAAAGUUCUCAGGAUUCUUCUGGACGUCUCUCUCCACGACCACCACCAAGUCCAGCUAUGAGUAUUUCAGGAAGUGACAAAGGAAAGUCAAAAAUAACUGGCAAAACAUUGACAGGAUGGUUGUAGAUGACUACUAAUCAUUAUAUUUAUAAUCGAUAUUUUAAGCAGAAUCUUAUUAAUCUACAAAAGAAAAUUAUUCAUUCAAAGUUUAAAGGUGGAUAAGGAAAAUACGAACUCAAUAGAAGAUUAAUUAAACUUUUUAAGCAUCAUUUAAAAACGAGAGAAGAAAAAUAAAAAGCAAUAAAACAUUUACAAACAUUUUAA